AACAUGAAGACUUUCAACCUGAGCAUUCUACUGAGCCUGGCACUCGCAGUUUACUGUGUGCCAGUACCACAGUUUACUGACAAAGAUGAGAAUUUUGCAAAGGAGUAUCUGCACAAAUUCUUCAACCUGACAGAGGAAAGCGGGCCAACUGUCAAACGAGGAGGGAUCAGCCCGGUGAGCAAGAAGCUGGCUGAGAUGCAGAGAUUCUUUGGUCUCCAGAUCACCGGCACGCUGGAUGCUGACACCAUGGCCAUGAUGAAGAAGCCCCGCUGUGGUGUUCCAGACACCAACAUAGCUGGUUUCUCCACAUUUGGAAACAACCUUAAGUGGCAGACAAACAGCCUUACCUACAGGAUUGAGAACUACACACCUGACAUGUCUGUGGCAGAGGUGGAUGACUCCAUAGAGAAAGCGCUGCAGGUUUGGGCCAAAGUCACUCCUCUGAGGUUCACAAGAAUCUACAGCGGCACAGCUGACAUCAUGAUCUCCUUUGGCCGCCAAGCCCAUGGAGAUUAUUACCCCUUUGAUGGUCCUGAUGGCACUCUUGCUCAUGCCUUCGCUCCAGCUCCUGGCAUUGGAGGAGAUGCUCAUUUUGAUGAUGAUGAGACCUUCACUUUCCGCUCAAAUACAGGCUACGUCCUGUUCAUGGUAGCUGCCCAUGAGUUCGGCCACUCCAUGGGCUUGUCUCACUCUGAUGAUCCUGGUGCUCUCAUGUAUCCUGUGUAUUCAUACAGAAACCCUGACACCUUCGUUCUUCCCCGGGAUGAUGUCAAUGGCAUUCAGUCUCUCUAUGGUCCAAACCCUGAGACAGAUCCUCGUGAGCCCAGACCCACAUCCCCCACCACCCCUGAUGCCUGUGAUUCAACCAUGGUCUUGGACGCUGUUGCCACUCUGAGAGGAGAGUUGCUCUUCUUCAAAGACAGCUUCUUCUGGCGCCACUACCCACAGAGCAGCACUCCUCAGCAAAGUCUCAUCACAAACUUCUGGCCCGAUGCCCCUGUCAGUAUCGACGCUGCUUAUGAGAGCCAACUAUCAGACAGUGUCUUACUCUUUAAAGAUCGUAGAGUGUGGGCUUUCAGAGGCUACGAUCUCGUACAGGGCUAUCCUAAGUCAAUCUCCAGUUUUGGUCUGCCUAAAACUGUGAAGAAAGUCACUGCUGCUCUCUAUGACGCAGACAAGGGCAAGACUCUGUUCUUCGUGGACAGCAAUUACUACAGUUAUGAUGAGGCCACAAAGAAGAUGGACGAGGGAUUCCCCAAACGGGUGGAUGAGACCUUCUCUGGACUCACCAGCAAGGUGACUGCAGCUUUCCAGUACAGAGGUUUUGCUUACAUCUACAGUGGACCCUACAUGUAUGAGUACAGCCUCAGAAGUGGCAGGAUGUUCCGUGUGCUGAAGAACAACUACUUCCUACCCUGCACUAACUACUAGAGCAGUUUUCUACCUAAGCAGUUUAUUUAGCUUCUCUGAGUAACAGUGAAGGUACCAAAGUAAAAAAGUGUCUAUAUCAUGUGCUAUUUUCUAAUUUAUAAUUAUAUUGUGACACCCUCAUGGUUAUGUACUGGAUUCAUGUCUUUGCUCAGAACAGCACCUUAUUAUGUUUUGUCAGCCAUUACUGUUAACUUAAUUUAACUCCAUAUUAUUUAAUGUAAUUGAUGAAAUAUUCACUCUUUAAAUAUUUCUACUUUUGUUGCUGUUUUAAUUUUGUGAUGAAUGAAGGUUAACUGGAACUUUGGAACAAGUUGCAUUACUUUAUUUGAACACAUGAAUGUAUGUACGGAAAUUGUUUACAAAAAUGUGAAACAGUCACAAUGAAUUGCUCCAUGAAUAAACAAAUAAAAGUUAUUUAAGAACA